UAUUGCGCUUUCGGUUUAAUCAUAAGAUUUGUUUCAGUAUGGUACGCUCUUGCUGUGUUGUCAAAUGUUCAAAUCGUGAUGAUACGAAGUGAAAACAGAAAGGUCUACACUUUUUCAGAUUUCCCAAAGACGGUCGAAAGCGUCGUGCUUGGAUAAAGGCAAUAAACAGAGAUGAUUUUGUGCCCAAUGAACACACCUGUGUGUGCUCAGAGCAUUUUGUGACUGGGUGGCACAGUGAUGACCCUGAAGAUGUGGAUUAUGCUCCAACUAUUUUUUCAUACAAAAUGAAGACAGUUAAUCCAGAGAGAGAAGAGAGAUUAGCCAGAAGAAAUAUACAGAAGGAAUUUCAUGUGUCAGUACAGAGAGAGCAGGAGCAAGAGAAGAAAAGUCUGGACUUUUCUUUAUUUGUACAUUCCUGCUGCAAAGAUAAGGAAGAGGAGGAAUGUUUUCAUGUAGAAGAUGUAAUGGAAGAUACAGAUGAUGUAGAUACAGGAGUUACACUGAAGAGAGAUAUUGGUUGCCAGUGUGAUCCAGACCCCCUUAUACUUGAAAAUCAGGGACUUAAGUUGGAAUUAAGGAGGAUACGAGACACAAAGUGGUCUGUUGCCAAGAUUAAAGAUGAUGACGCAAUGACCAGGUUCUAUACAGGACUCCCAAGCUUUGCGGUGUUUCUAUGGCUUUUCAACUAUCUGGCACCAAAGCUUGAGAAGAUGGUCUACUGGAGAGGUGGUUCAGCAACUUCAGAGGAAAGGAGUAGAGCUAGGCGAAGCAUGGCACUGGGGCCAGUUAACCAGUUUUUGGCAACAUUGAUGAGGCGUAAGGUUGGAUUAUAUGUACAAGACAUGGCAGAGCGUUUUGGUGUUUCUGUAGGAGCCUUCUCUCAGUACUUUACCACCUGGAUUUGCCUACUUCACAAGGAACUGAAGGAUCUUAAUCCCUUUCCUUCCAGAGAUGUUGUUCAGAGAAAUAUGCCAACUUGCUUUAAGUCUUUUCAAAAUUUAAGAGUCAUACUUGAUUGCACAGAGAUAUUCAUUCAGAAAUCUAACAGUUUGAUAAACCAGAAUCAAUCUUUUUCUCAUUACAAACACCAUACAACUUUGAAAUUUUUGAUUGGUAUAACUCCUUCUGGAGUUAUCUCAUUUGUUUCAGAGGGCUUUGGUGGAAAAAUCUCGGAUCGGCAGAUGAUUGAGCGUUCACCUCUGCUUGAUCUGCUUGAGGAAGGGGAUGUUGUCAUGGCAGACAAGGGCUUCACUAUUAGGGAUUUAUUAGAGAAAAAAGGCUGUAGUUUGAAUAUUCCGCCAUUUCGGUCUUCAUGUCAAUUUUCUACUGUAGAUGUUUUUAACACUCAAGAUAUUGCUAAAUUACGGAUUCAAGUCGAAAGAGCUAUAGGACGCGUAAAAAUUUUUCACAUUUUUGAUGGUGCACUUUCUCUUUCUCUAGUGCAACUGGCAUCUCAGAUAUUUUCUGUCUGCUGCUGGCUUACCAACCUUGAUGUCCCUAUGGUUGAAAGUAAUCCAUGAUGACAAAUUUAGUUCUCCUUGGACAAUACAAGACUUUUCAUUGCUGUUUCCAUUGGAUCCUCUGUUGUUCUGACUUCAAUUUCUCCAGAUGGAUUAGGUGUCUCUUCUGGAAUGGUCCAUAAGUGACUCAUGCCUAGGAUAAAAAUUUUGAUGAAAAUUUUUAUGUUUUGUAAUACUAAAUAUUUGUGGGGGUUUUUUGUGGUUUUUGUGUGUAUAAACUGUAAUGUACAUGUACAUUGCAUUUUUUUUUGUAAAGCAAAAUUGCAAAUCAUGCUUUUUAAUUUAUAAUCAGCUCUUUUGUUUAACCUGCACAUUGAUAUAUAACACUUCUGUGUCCACUAGAGAGAUCACAUUUUCCUUUGGAAGUUAGUAGAUUGAUUUUAUCAAGAUUUUGAAAAUAAAUCUUAAACUGAA